AAAUAUAGUAUUAAUAAAGUUAGUACUAUAUUUUCUAUGGAUCUAACCUUUAUUUUGUAGAAUAAUCUGAUUACAAUUAAUUGAAUGUUAAAAAUGAACAACGCGAAAGAUGAGAGUUCUUGCCCAAUAUGUAAUAAAUCAUUUAUUUUAGCUGAAAUAGAGCAACAUGUUAAUAAAUGUAUAUUUUUAAAUUGCUCGGAUGCUGUUCAAAAAAGAAAACGUUCUCCAUCACCAACUUUACAUAAUAUCUACCAUCCAAAAUUAGGUUCUAAACAAAAAUCUCCAAGGGGCCACAGUGGAGUGAAACAAGAGAUAUCUGUUGAUACAACAUUAGUGUGUGAAAUAAAUAAACCUGGGACCAGCCUAGGAGAAAAUAAUCAGGGAAAAAUAAAUAACUCCUCGUUUUCAUUCAUGGUACCUCUUGCAAAACAGGUGCAACCAAAGUCUCUGGAUGAGUUUUUCGGUCAGAAUCAAGUGCUAGGUGAUAAUAGUGUAAUAAGGUCCCUCUUACAAAAAGAAGAAAUUCCAAAUAUGAUUUUAUGGGGUCCUCCAGGUUGUGGUAAAACUUCUUUAUCAGCUGUAAUUAAUGAAUUAUGUAAGAAAAAUCCCAAAAAGUUUAAAUUUGUUUCACUUUGUGCAGCCACCACAGGAGUAAAAGAAGUUCAGCAUGUUAUUACUGUAGCCAAGAAUGAAAUGAAAUUUGGUAGAAGAACUAUUUUAUUUAUGGACGAAAUUCAUAGGUUUAAUAAACGUCAGCAGGAUACCUUCUUAUUAAGUGUUGAAAAAGGAGAAAUUACUUUAAUUGGUGCAACAACAGAAAAUCCUUCAUUUGUCAUAAAUUCGGCUUUACUGAGCAGAUGUAGGGUAAUUGUAAUGGAGAAACUUGAAAUUAAUGAUUUAUAUUUGAUUUUAGAAAGAGCAGCUAAUUCUUUAAGUAUUGAUAUAAUUGAUACAGAAAAUCCGUGUGGCAUCAUUAAAGAUGAUAAAGGUAUGGCAAUUGACGAAAGGGCUUUAAAAUGGUUAGCAGAUAUAAGUGAUGGUGAUGCCAGAAUAGCUUUAACAAAUUUGCAAUUGGUAAUCCAAAACAGCAAUAAUGAUGGAAAAAUUAUAACUGUUGAAGAAAUUAAAGAGAGAAUUAAGAAGUCCCAUAUGUUAUAUGAUCGUGCUGGUGAGGAGCAUUAUAAUAUUAUAUCUGCAAUGCACAAAUCUAUUAGAGGCUCAGAUGCAAAUGCUGCUUUAUACUGGACUACAAGGAUGAUCGUCAGUGGAGAAGACCCUAGAUAUAUUGCUCGUCGUUUAGUUAGAGCCGCUAGUGAGGACAUUGGAAAUGCCGACCCCAACGCUCUCCAAUUAGCUGUUACAACGAUGGAGGGAUGCCAGUUGUUGGGAAUGCCAGAAGCAGAUGUUCUCUUGGCACAGUGCGCUAUUUAUCUAGCUAGAGCUCCAAAAUCUCGGGAGGCCGACUCUGCAUUGGCAAAAGCGAAGCAAGUAAUUGCAGCCUGUAAGGGACCACAACCUAGCGUUCCUAUGCAUAUAAGAAAUGCUCCUACUAAGCUCAUGAAGGAUUUGGGAUAUGGGAGAUUACAAAAUGGUGCCGAUUUCCAUUUCAUGCCUCCCGAACUGCAGGACGUGGAUUUCUUUAAAUAAAUUAAAUAUUGUUAAAAAUAAAUUUUUUAAAAUAAAAAUUAUAUUUACA